AUGACUGAAGCAUUUGAACGAAAACGAGCGAUUCGAUCAGCAAACCGUGGAGUUAUAACGAAAUAUGUAAAGGAAGCGACUGAACUUUUCAGUAAAAUCGACGAAAAUGGAUGUAUUGAACGUUUGACAACACUCGAUAGAUUACUUGACGAAAAGCUGAAAUUUGUAAGAAAACUCGACGAAGAAAUACUCGAAACGUGUUCAGUAGAAAGCAUUACUCAAGAUAUAGAAGAAGCAGAAGAGAUUACGUCCAAGGUGUACGAUAUAAGGAAGCUUAGAAAAUCGAAGUUAUUCUGA